AUGCGCUUGUCGGUCUUGCUAGCCAUUCUGCCGGCGGCAUUUGCGGCGCCCUCGGUGCGUGCCGAGCCAGCAUCCAUCAAGCGUCGUGAAAAUGGAAUCCCCGGCAAAUACAUCGUCCGUCUGCGAGACGAGGUCACCAUGGCAUCCGUUCAAAGUGCCCGAGCGAUUCUCAAGACAGAGCCGGAGCGUACAUACAAGAAUGUAUUCCAUGGCUUUGCUGGAGAAAUGGAUGAGGAGGAGCUCGAAGCGCUAAGCAACCACCCCGACGUCCUCUAUAUUGAGCAGGAUGGCAUCUCCAGGAUCGCUGGCUGGUUCGACCCCGACCCAGAAGAGACUCAGACCCCCAACACCCUAAAUCCUCUUAUUAUCCGCAAUACAAACAGCAAAUACGUCACUCAGACCGGAACCACCUGGGGAAUUGCUCGAAUUUCUCGCCGCGCCAAGGGCAACAAAGACUACAACUACACCUACGACGAUUCUGGCGGCGAGGGCGUCUGUAACUAUGUUAUUGACACCGGUAUCGAUGAUACACACAAGGACUUUGAAGGCCGCGCAAAGCAGGUCAAGACGUGGAUCAAGGGCGAAGAAAAUAAGGAUUUCCACGGGCACGGAACACACGUCGCUGGAACUAUUGGUAGCCUUACCUUUGGCGUGGCCAAGAAGUCGCUCCUACUUGGCUUAAAGGGCCUGGAUAGACAGGGCCGUGGACCAGACUCUGGUAUUAUCGAGUCUAUUGAUUGGAUCCCAGGCGAUGUGAAGGAGCGUGGAUGUGCUAACGGUGUUACUGUCAACCUGAGUUUGACUGCCGAUACCGUCCUGCAGUCCAUGAAUGAUGCCUGUGCAAAGCUAGUCAAGCAAGGCAUGCACGUCGCAGCCGCUGCUGGCAACAUGGGCCGCGAUGCUUCACAGGACUCUCCUGCUUCUGAACCCUUGGUCUGCACUGUCGCUGGUUCCGCUGAAGGUGAUGGCCGCUUUGGCGUCUCCAACCACGGCAAGUUGGUUGAUAUUAACGCACCCGCUAUGCAGGUCGUAUCUACCAUGCCUGGUGGUGGCAAUGACAAAAUGAGUGGUACUUCCAUGGCGUCUCCCCAUGUUGCUGGUCUCGCUGCGUACCUCAUGGUUCUUGAAAAAGUCAAUGGAGGAAAGGCCUGCGAUCGCAUCGUCGAGUUGGCUACCAAGGACGCUUUGGAGAAGCUGCCUGCUGGAACACCCAAUCUGCUCGCCUUUAACGGAAAUCCGUCUGGAUAGAAGUCUUGUAGCGCUUGAAAUAAUA